AGAAAAUCACUUACACACACACACACAUAACCGUCCCCUCUCUGCUGCCUCACAAUCACAACCAUGUCGAUCGCAGCGGGUACAGACCUCGGCCGGGCUCUCUGCAUCAUCACCGGGGCUUCCAGAGGCUUCGGUCAGGCUGUGGCGAGGCACUUGUCGCAGCGGGUGAGUCCGGGAUCCGCGUUCGUUCUGGCGGCUCGCUCCGGUAACGACCUCCGCUCUGUGCGGGCGGAGCUGCUGCAGGAGUACGCGGGCCUGCUGGUGGAGUGUGUGGAGGCUGAUCUGGCUCACGCCGAGGGUCAGGCUCGCGUCAUCUCCGCCGCCAAACAGUGCUUCUCCGCGGACAUGGAUCAUGUGAUACUGGUCAACAACGCAGCGUCUCUGGGCGACGUGUCCCGCUACACCCGUGACUUCACCAACAUGGCCGAGGUGGACUCGUACCUGUCCCUCAACGUCAGUUCCUGCCUGUGCCUCACCGCCAGCACCCUGGAGGCGUUCCCGCAGCGCCCGGGUCUCCGCCGCACCGUGGUCAACGUUAGCUCGCUGUGCGCCGUGCAGCCGUUCCCGUCCUGGGUGCUGUACUGCACCGGCAAGGCCGCUCGAGACAUGAUGUUCAGAGUGUUGGCGGAGGAGGAGCCUGACGUCAGAGUGCUCAACUACGCACCAGGACCCAUGGACACCGACAUCUACGCGUCCGCCAAGUCCAGAACAGCUGACCCGAACAUCAGGAGGAGUUUCACGGCCAUGUGGGACCAGGGUCAGGUGCUGACCUGUGACGAGUCCUGCACCAAACUGAUGAAGCUGCUGCUGGACGACAGCUACGUCUCUGGAGCUCACAUCGACGUCUAUGACGUGUAGACGCGGUGCCGCCUACAGGCCGCCUACGGGUGUAGUGUCCUGUUGUUCUUUUGUGCCUUGAUUUUUAUCAUUUAUAUAAAUAUCUAUAUAUAUAUAUGUUGUGUGUAGUUCAUUUCAUGGACCAAAUAAAUGUUUUACAUGUAUUGUCUUUCCAAACAUUCCUGAUAAAAGUUCAUAUUUUCACGGAAACACUUUUUAAAUCUACGUCACCUCAAGUCCACGACCUCAUCAGAACAUGUUUGCGACUUUACUAAACCAAGUUUGAGUCGUUUUAGAAACCGCUCGCUCUCAGAGAAAAUCAGCGAUUUUAGCUCGCGGGUGGACACAGAUGCUGCUGGUCUACCGCUGCCUCGUGUGGUCACUUUGUGUCACUAAGGUAAUUCCGAGGGAACGCUUUCAUUCGUCACAGAAUAGCACAUUUGAAUUUACUGACGUAGGCAGCGGUGGAUGAAGAAUGUCCGUGAACCGUGACUUUAAAUUGAUUUAAAUUGAUUUUCUCUAUGGGCUGCACGUGUGUAGCUCACACACUCGCACACUCGCACACACGCACACACACACACACAGGUCGAGUCUCAUGUCGUGACCUCUUUGUGGAACCAAGACUGAAACGUGAACAGCACAUCUCAAUGUCAUGUCUCCAUACUGUACUGUAUUAAAAGGCAUUAUAAUGUGCUCAUUCCAGGCUGUUACCAAAUCACUUUUAUGCACUCGCUGUUGUAUCAUGAAGAAAUAAAUCAGUGGAAGCAUAA